AUGGCUCUUACGAUCUUUACAAUUAAUGUGAGAAGUGUGAGAGCUCUGUCUAGAGCACAGAGUAUUUUUUCCCUGCUGAGCACUCUGCAGUCUGAUUUGUUUCUUCUGCAGGAGUGCUCCUUGUCUUUUAUGAAAGAGUACACCAAAUGGGAACAGAUGUGGACUGCCGGCCCCUCCCUUUGGAGCGGUUCGAAUUUUAACAGGUCAGACGGGGUGGCUAUUUUAAUUAAAAACCCGCACAUUUUGGUGAAGGGCAGCACGGUGGUGAGAGCUGGGCGGGCGCUCAUAGCUAAUUUGACCUUUUUAGGCAGUGAUUUUAAUGUACUCAAUAUUUACGGUUUUACAGAUAAAAACAGUAGGUACGAGCUUUUAGAGGACCUGCAGCCCCACAUGUUAGGUAGGAUUCCCCUAGUUUUUGCAGGGGAUUUUAACUGUAUUUUAAGUAAGUCAAAUAGGAAAACAGCGAGUGUAGAAUUUAAAGUAGACAAAACAUCGGUUUUAUUGCAGGGUUUGGUUAGAGAUAUUAGAUUAGUCGACGCUUUUAAAUCGGUGCAUCCCAGAGAGGAGGGCUUCACCUGGUUUAGUGGUGAUGGCACCAGAGCCUCUCGAAUCGACUAUGUUUUUAUACGUGACUGCCUGCCGACCGAUGCUACAUUAACUCCGCUUUUCUUUUCUGAUCACGCUAUGCUGUCUUGCACCUUUUCACUAUCCACUCGAGUGACUGUAGGGGGAGGGCUGUGGAAGCUGAACUGCUCUCUGUUGCAGGAUGAGGAUAUUGUCCAGGAAUACAGAGAGCAGUACAGCCAAUGGCAGACCCUCCAGGACUGUUAUGACUCACGUGCACGGUGGUGGGACAUGGUAAAAGAAAGGACUGGACAGUAUUUUAGGAGGGUAGGAAAGGAAAAAAAGAAUAAGGAAAAGAGAUACAUGAUGGGGCUGCAAAGGCGCUUACAGAGGUAUUUUAAUCUUUUAAAUGAUGGGAUGGAUUUUAGUGAGGAAAUAAAAGAGGUCAAGAAGGAAAUGUCAGUUUUAUCCGAGGUUAAAGCAAAAGGAGUGAUGUUAAGAAGCAAAGAAAAAGACCGAGAGGAAGGAGAAAAAUGUACCCGGUACUUUUUUAAGAAAAUAAUAACAAGUUUAAAAGCUAUUACAAAAUUAAAAGAACAAGGAAAACAAGAAGACACAACAACUGGAAUUUUAAGGGUGGUGGAGGACUUUUAUAGAAAUCUUUUUAGUCAGAAGGAAGUGCAGGAAGACACUUUGGGGGAGGUUUUAUCUUUUUUAGAUAAAACUGUUUCAGACAACGUGCUUUUAUCCCAGGAUUUUACCCUUUUAGAACUCCAGAACAGUUUAAAAGCUUUUAAACGGGGGAAGUCACCGGGAUUGGACGGACUCCCCCUCGAGUUUUAUGAGACUUUUUGGGAUAUUUUAGCACAUGACCUGUGGUGUGUUUUUAGAGAAUUUGAAAAUCUGGACAGACUUCCUGACAGUUUUAGAGUAGGGAUAGUUUCCUUGUUGUUUAAAAAGGGCGACAGGACUGACAUUAGGAUUUUACAUUUUGAUUGUAAACUUUUUAGUAAAAUUUUAGCUGUCCGUAUGUCGACCGUUUUUGAGGACAUGAUCCACCCGGACCAAGCCUGUGCAGUGCAAGGGAGGAAGAUCACGGGCAGCUUAGUGCUGAUCCGGGACGCCAUCUCUUUUGCGAGAGAGAGAAACAUUCGGCUUCUAGUUGUAAAUUUAGAUUUUGAAAAAGCCUUUGAUCGGGUCUCGCACCAGUAUCUUUGGAGGGUACUGAGAAAAAUGGGAUUUCCUGGGAGGUUUUUAGCCUGGGUGGGACUGCUGUAUCGUGACAUAUACAGUAAAAUCCUAGUAAAUGGGCUUUUGACAGAAGCGGUGGAAGUUGUGCACUGUGGCGUCCGGCAGGGGUGUCCCUUAUCUCCACUCCUGUUUGUUGUGUGCAUCGAGCCACUUGCACAGAUUCUGAGAAGGGGCCGCUGGGUCAAAGGACUGGACUUGCCAGGUGGACUGACCGCGAAGUGUGUAUUGUACAUGGACGACAUCACUAUUUUAGCUUCAAACGUUUUAUCGGUCCAAAGAGCUCUCAAUCUGACGGAGUGGUUCGGCAGGGCUUCGGCGGCCAAAUUGAACAGGAGGAAAUCCGAGGCCCAGCUCUUUGGACCAAAGGACGGAAUACACACUGAGCACUUAGACGUGACAGUUAAAGAAAAAUUUGACGAGGAGGGAGGAGGACGUGACAACUGGACGGACUUGUUAGGGAAAGUCAGGCAACGAAUGGGGUUUUGGGGACUGAGGGAGCUCACAUAUGAGGGUAAAGUGCUAGUUUUUAAAGCAGUGAUUUUACCCUUGCUUUUACUAACCUGUGCAGUUUUUAGCCCACCUCGCUUCUUCCUCCUAGAGUUGGAAAGGGCGGUCUUCUACUUCCUGUGGGGGUCCAAGUGGGAGAGACUGAAGCGGGAGGUAGUGAAGAAAAAGAAGGAGAAUGGCGGGAAAGGCUUACCGGACCCUCACUUGUUUUUAAUGAGCAAGAUGACCGCCCUACACAUUCGAUACGCCACGGCCCCAUCCGGAGAGAACAAAACGGUAGCGAUGGUCAAGUUCUGGAUGGGGUCAUACUUAAGGAGGUUGAAGAUUUUACCAGUUGAUCUUAAAACUCCUGUUUCCUUAUAUCUGCCAAAAGAGUAUGAUUUUAUGAGAAAAUUUUUAACGAAAUUUCAUCUCGACACUUUGGAUGUCACGGUUUUAACAGUCAGUAGGAGCAUUGUCUCUUGUGUGCAGGACCGGGAAGCAGUGAGUCCAGUUCCGGGCCUUUCCGUGGAGGAGGCCAAGCAAGUUUGGCGGAACGCCGCCCAUCCCGCUCUCCGGAACGAGCACAAGGAUCUGGCGUGGAUGGUGGCUCAUGAGAUCCUCCCAACCAGGGCUGUGAUGCACUCCCGGGGAAUGGCAAAGAAUCCUAUCUGCCCACGUCCCGGAUGUGGCCAGCCGGAGACCAUACGGCACGUCCUCUGGGAGUGCAGCACUGCAACGGACCUGUGGGCCAAAUCCGGCCCCCUUGUAUUCCCGUGCCUGCUAAUAGGGGAGACCCAGCCACUGGCGUACCGGCUAGCGGUACUAGGGGUGAGCCGAAGGAUCCAGCUGCUACCGGCAAAAGAUUUCGUUAAGCUCUGGCUAACCCUGAACAGUGUGAAGGCCACCAUCUGGGCAUCCCGUAACCUGCUGGUGGGGAAGCAUGUUACGGUACCCCUGCACGCACUUGGAAAGAUGGUAGUAGCUAUGCUGCAGGAGUACCGGGCGAUGACAUCCGGAGGAAGAGGGCCGGGGCACCAUGCAGGGGGGUCCUGACCACCACAAGCCCUGGUUCCAGGAAACGCAUCCCAAAUAUCACCUGGAGGAGCGCCUGGCAAAGGGGAGACGAUCUCCGCUGAGCCGCGAAAGCGACAGAGACAGGGGCAAGUUCGGGGAGCGAGGUGAGGGCUACGUGUUUAAGGACUCGCCCCGCUCUUGCACAGGAGUAAUGCCAAAAUACA